AUGGUGGCUUCGAAGAUCACGGACGAGCAAAUUCAGAAGUUGAAGUCUCAGCUUCAGGAUCACGCUACUGUUCUCAUCCCAGGCUCGACGGAGUACGAAGUCAGCUUAAAGCUAUGGUCCGCGAUUGGAUUUCAACGAUCGGGAGUAUCUGUUCGCCCAACAGACGCACAGGGCAUAGCAAAGACAGUGAAAUUUGCUCGGGAUCGCCAGAUCGACCUGGCCAUUAAGGGCGGGGGCCACUCCACCGACACCUCCGCAUCCAGCGACGGCGGCAUUCUAAUCGACCUCAGCAGAAUGAAGCAAAUAUGGGUCGAUCCGGUCACUAAGACGGUCACCGCUCAGGCAGGUGCAUUGUGGGCAGAUGUAGACCAGGCAACCGCUCAGUACAACUUGGCAGUCGUGGGAGGCACAGUAAGCCACACAGGGAUUGGGGGCCUCAGCUUGCGCGGUGGCUAUGGGUAUCUAACCCCGCAGUAUGGCUUGACUAUUGACAAUCUUCUUGCCGCAAAGGUGGUCAUUGCCGAUGGCAGUGUAGUCGAGGCUUCCGCAGAAGAGAACCCAGAUCUUUUCUGGGCUCUUCGAGGCGCUGGAUCAACCGUUGGCGUGGUGAUAGAGUUUGUUUUGCAAGCGCACCCACAGCCCAACCUUGUAUGGAAUGGUACGAGGGCUUACUCGUGCGAUCUGAUACCUGAGGUUAUCCAGGCCCUCAAUGCAGCACUGGUUCAUUCUCAGGGGAGGGCAGCGGCGCAGUGCUUCCUCUCCCUAUCCCCUGAGACCGGAGACCCGAUCGUCACCACAGUGUUGUUCUUCAACGGCUCCGAAGAAGAAGGAAAAGGGCACUUUGCUGAAUUGCUCGCGCUAGAUUGCAUCACAGACAAUGUGGGAAUGAGGCCAUACUCGGAGGUCAACACCACUCUCGAUGCAAUGAUACCUCCGGGAGGACAAAAAAUGCUCAUCGGAGUACAAUUGGCUUCACCAGUCCAGCCCAAAUUUGCCUCGGAAAUUAUGGAACAAAUCAAGCACAGGCUCAAUGCGGAAGCUGACAUGGCUGGAAGCUCGUUGGAAAUCGACUAUUUCGACCCAUCUCAGAUCUGCCGUCAUGCUACCACAGAGUCUGCUUUUCCUGCGCGUAAUAGACUAUUGAAAGGAGUACUUAUGCUGCAAUGGACCGAUCCCAGCAGGAAUGACUCUAAUGUUUCGUGGGGAAAGCGAAUUCGAGCAAUGUUUGAAGAUGAAUUGAGACGGGGAGGCCAUGAGCCGGAUAAAUUGGUUUCGAACUUUGUCGGAUACACACGGGGAGACAAGGUGACACCGGCUGACAUGUUCGGCGUGAACGCCGAUCGGUUACUGGAGAUCAAAGCGAAAUAUGAUGGAAGCAACAUCUUCAAUAAGCUAAAUCCUUUAAACGGGAUUGGCCCUUGA